GAGCUGUCCAAGAUAUUACCGACCGAUGGCAUCGCCCUGUCCGCGGGCCGACUGCUCGGCGGUCCAGAAGGAGCUCGAACAUCUUCGCCGCGACGUGGAAGAGCUUCAGCUCGAGAACGACAAGCUCCAUGAGCACUCGGCGUCGCUGAGCCAGCAAGUGGCCACGCUGCAGACCAUGAACGCCGACCUGCGCGAGCAGGUCCAAACCCCGCGCACGGCCCGCGCCGCCACGAUCGCCGAAGAUGAAGUCGAGCCCCAGAACCAGAUGGUUACUGAACUCCAAGCCAAUCUCGAUGCGUCGCUCGCGCGUGAAGCGGCGCUUGCGGACCAGCUAGCAAAGCUCGAUGCGUCCCAUGCCCAACUGGCCGCGACCCUCGUGGCCAAGCCAAGUGCUCCGCAAGCCGACGAGCUCGCGCGCCUCAAGCACGACCGCGACGGCCGACGUGACGAGCUCUACGCGGCCCUUCGCGAGAACGAACAGCUGCGAGACGACAACAACGAGCUCCGCACCGCUGUCGAGAAGCUCUCGCGUGUCGCUUUGGACGCCGAGGCGAAGCUGCAGGUCGCCGACGACGAGAAGGUGGCACUCUCUAGUGCGCUCGACGACCGUACAUCGGCGGUGACGGAGCUCCUCCUCAAGAGCGAGUCCCACGACGCCGAGAAGCAAGGCCUCGAGCGCAAGAUCCUCGAGAUGGACGCGGCCGAAGCGCACGUGGACGCGAUGAUCGCGGACUUCAAAACCAAAUUUGACGCCGAGCGGCGUGGAUUGCACGCUGAACUCGAACAGUGGAAGCUGCGGGUGCGCGAACUCGAGGCGAGCACGCCAGCGACGACGACAGCAUCGACGACGAACGAUGCCAAGGAUGCUGCGCUGAGCGACCUCGAGGCCAAGAUCCUCGUGCUGCAAGACAUGCGACUCCAGGACAAGGCGUCGAUCGCCGAACUCAAAGCCAAAAUUUCUCAAAAGAAUGUCGAUUUGAGCACAAUGGCCGAGAGUUUUGUGCCAAAAGACACGAUCAAGCAGCUCGAGGCGACGGUGCAGAGCCAGCGGCAGCAGACGCAGGACGCGCUUCGUGACGUCGACGUCUGGAAAGCUCGUGUCAAGGAACAGCGCGGGCUCCUCACCGACAUGGAGGCGCGCUGUGUCGCGAUCGAGUCGCAGUGCCGGGAAGCCGAGGCGUGGAAUGCCAAAUACGAAGCCAAGGCCGGCUUGACCGACGUCGUUCGGCACCAGAAGAAGCUCCGAAGUGACUUGACCGCGCAAGAGAGCGCGAAUGCGGCGCUGCGCGUCGAGCUCAGUCGCCACAAGGACGCCAUCUCCAAGCUCCAAGCUGCGUUUGCCCGGCUCAAACGUGACGCGGGCAAGCCAGACGAGUUCGAGUACCCAGAUCUGGUUCUGGAGACGAGCGUUCAAGGCAACCUCGCGCUCAUCCACCAGCUCGAAGCCCAAGUGACCGCUCUGGAAGAUGAACGUGUUACGCUUCUCACCAAGCUCAAAGACCAAGCCAAGAAGACGGGAGCCCACCUCUUUGCGCAGCACGGACUGACCAGUGCGCAGUACGAUCAAGUCCAACAGCUCAUUUACCGGCUGCAAAACGGCGACACGGUCGACGACGCAGUGCCGCCGCGUCCGUCGUCGCCGGCGAAAGACCCGAGCGCAGAGCUACGCAAGCUGUACGACGCCAACACGCAGCUGCAAGCCGACGUCGCUCGGCUCUCGGCGGUCGUCGCCGCGUCGAGUCAUGCACCCGCAGACAAUCCGCCUGAGUGGGCGACCACCGUCAAAGACGAAGUGUGGCGUGCGACCGAGGCCCUGCAAAGCCAUAUGCGCGAACACAUGCAGGUCAUGCGCGAGGCAGCAGUCGCGUCCGACGACGAGAGUAGCGACGAGAGCAUGCAGUUUGGGGACCUUGACGGCGACAUGAGUGCGCCGCCGCCGACGCAAGACGAGACUGUGUUGGAGCCUCCACGACUCACCAAGCACGCCAGCGUCCACACGUCGGGUCUCUUGUCGCCCGCAAGCGUCGUGCUGCAAGAGCUACCGCCGUCGGCCGACGAGAUUGCCGCCGCUGUCUCCAAGGCGCUCGAAGCCCGCGGCUUGCAUCGUCCAACGCACAAGGAGGCAGCAACGCCGGAGAAGAAGGGACUGUGCCACGUGGUUCUCGAGACGCAGGACGAGAUGGAAGAGCAGACGCAGUGGGCGAUCGAGCUGGAUACGUGCUUGGACGAACUCACACACGUGACGCUCGAGAACCACAGCCUCCGCAGCAAGCUCGAGGCGUUCGAAGGCCUUUUGACCAGCGUCCAAGACAACCACACGGUGCUCUACCGCGAGCACAUUGCGCUACAGCAAACGUUCGCCGAGCGCCGGGCGUCGCUGGAAGCGCAGCUUGCAACCAUGACGGCCAACGUCGACGAAGCGUCCAUCAAGCUGAAUCGGUACGAGCUCAUGUUGCAGAGUUUCGAGAAGGAAGGCGAGGUGCAGCAGACGGUCGUGUCGCUCACGCGGCAAGUGGCCAUUUUCGAAGUCAACCAAGCGCGGCUCGCCCGCGAAUUCAACUUGGUGCGGGAAGAGAAGCAGACGGAGUUUACACGCCGCGUUGCUGCCGAUGACGACCUCCUCUCCCUCGAGAAGACGCUCAAGGUGCGCAUCCAGUACCUCGAGGCGUGGCGCGAGGGCGCGAUGGGUCGGCUUCAGCACAUGGAGACGGCACUGACCAAGAGUGUGCUCAAGCGCCAUUACGACGGCGUCCUCGCCGAGCUCCAGCGACUCCAGACCAAGCACGCAGCGCUCUUGGAAAAGUACACGGACCGCCACGCGCACUACCUCGCGACGCUCGAUUUGCCAGCGCAGCACGCAGCGCUGCUGCAUCAAAACGCACAGCUUCUCGCGCGCCUGAACGGCGAGUCGAUCGACAAGCUGCAGAACGAACGUAUCCAAGCGCUUGAAGUUCAAGUGCAGUCGCAGCUGGCGCGCCUCAAGGAGCUCGAAGCAGGCUUGCCCGAGACGACGCCCGAGCCAGCACCGUCUGGCACCAACGUCCACGACGUCUACGAGCAGCGCAUUGCCGAGCUCGAGCAGCUCUGCGGGUCGUUGGAGCGUCAGGUGCACAAACAAAAGGAGGUGGCGACGCUGGCUGCGUCACAGGCCAACACGCUCGCGCUGCGUCAGACGCGGCGCCGAGACGAAAUCGAUGCGCUUGAAGCAAGGCUUCACGAGCUCAGCGCGCGCUCCGACGAUGACGCUAUCAUCGGGCAGCUGCAGCAAAAGAUCGUCGGCAUCAAGGCUAAUUACCAAGCCUUUGCGGAUCGGUACGAGCAAGCGGUGGAGGCCCAGCGCGCGGCCCAGCUCCAGAUCAAUACGCUGUCGAUGCAGCUCGAACACACGUCGAAUCAUUACGCGGGGCAGCUCGAGACGCAGCGUCAGCGCAUUGCGGUUCUCGAGUCGACGGUUGCCCAUUUGCAAGCGUCGGACGUGGUCGCCAAGAUCAAACGCUUGGAUGCAAUGGCAUCGCGCCUCGAAGCACUUGACGACGACCUCGCUGCUGUCCACGUCAAGAACCGCCAGCUCGAGCGGCGCAUCGAAGAGCUCGAAUCGGAGCACGACGCGGUCGUCGGGCCGGGCGUUCUGGGCGCCGACAUCCACCUCGUCGAGCGACUGAAAUACCGCGUCCAAGUCCUCGAGCAGCGAGAAACGCUGCUGUUGGCCCAGCUCGAGGAUGCUGCCAAGGCCUCGACCGCGAUGCUUCCCUCCGAGCGGCUCGUACAAGAGAAGCAAGCACUCCAGGCGCAGCUGGACGCGACCUUGUUUGAGAUGGACAAGGUUCAGAAACGCAUGCAGACGACGAGCAAGGAGGUGACAGAGCGCGACCACAAGAUUCGCCAACUCGAAUUGCGCGUCGAGAGCUUGAUCAUGGAGCUUCAGCAAAAGCACGUCGCACCGCUUACGACAGUCGCACCAUUGGGCACCGCGCCGAGUUCGCCAUCCAUGCGCUCCAAAGUCGGGUACUAUGAAAAGGACCAAGCCGAUCUGCAGCAAGCCGCGCAGGCGACGAUUGCAAGCUUGAAGGCGCUCGUCGCGGACAAGAACACGCGCAUCGAAGAGUACCAAGCAAAAUUUGAAGCGAUGCGCGCAGCAAUGGACAAGCGCGCGUCCGAUGUGCAGGAGGAAGUCGAGCGCCAGAACCGCCGGCUCUACGAAGACAACCAUUUGCACAUUACGCAGCUCAAAGAAGCCACCGAGAAGAUUCGGCACCUUGAGGAAACGGGUGGCGGCCGUGCGGUUGUGGCGGCGCGCGAGAUGCACGAAGGGCUUCUGGAGCAGCUUAAGCAAGUCCAUAUGGAGCUCGAGCUCAAGAGAAACAUCAUUUCGGAGCUCCAGCACAAGGUCGAGACGCUGCUCAACCAGCGCCACGUGGCCGAAGCCCGCGCCGGCGAAGCGCUCGAGGAGAUUGCGGCGCUCAAGGCCCUCCACGCGGCGCUGUCGAGCGACUUUGACGAGAUGGAGCGCGAGAAGACGACGCAGCUUGCCCAUCUUCGGCACGAAAUCGGUAGCAAAGAGCGCAAGAUGGGUCUCCUCCGAGACGCGAUCAUCAAGCUCAAGGAAGAGUUUCUCAAAGCGCAGGAGGCGCAGGCCGAAGAGAUUGUUCGCGCAACCUCCAAGCGACACGAGCGGGACGACGACCGCGUCUCCGCACUGCAAGACGCCAACACGAAGCUAGCGGCCAAGACGCAAAUGCUUCAAGAAAAGCUGCAAGCGACGACCGCUGAGCUAGCGACGAUGACGUCCAAGGCCAAGCGCGCCCAAGCGAUCGCCCAAAAGCAGCUCGCACGACCGACCGACGACAUGAAACAAGCGCUGGCGACGCUCCGGGAUGAGCUGCAGCGCUGCAAAGCCAAGCUCGGGACGUACGCGGCCCAAGACGACCAGCUUCUCGAGCUGCAAAAGAAGAUCAAAGUCCUCGAAGCCCAAAACGCAGCGCUGCGGGAAGCGACGCCGGUCGUUACGAUGGCGCCCCCCAAUGCCACUACCAGUCACAACAACAACAACAACAAUGACGAGACGACGCGCAAGCAGUGGGAGAACGAAAAACGCAUGAAGCGCCGGGUCGAAGUGCUCACGACUCGCCUCGAAGAGAAGAAGGCCGAGGUCGAUACGCUCACCACGCAAUGCCACCGCUUGAAGGAGCAAUGGACGCGCGCGCAGAGUCAGCUCUCGACCCAAGCCGAGCAGUUGAUGCAAGUGCGGGCCGCGCCACUGCCACACAGCAUUCCCAAGAUAUCGCUCGACCAAGAACGCGAGCUUGAGAGCUGCCACGAGCGCAUUCGCGAACUUCAAGCGCAAGUUCUCACUUCGCGCCAGGCGCUGCAAUUGCCCGACGACGCGAGCGACGCGGCAAAAGCACUCUUGGAGAAGGACACGCAGCUCCUCGAACUCUCGUUCCAAGUCGAGAGUCUGAGCUUGGAGCUCGCGCGGCUGCGGCGUGCACCAAAUCGGACGCCGCCCAUGACGCCAUCCCCUGCCCGCACACCGACGACGACCAACAAGAGCCGAGCGGACGUCGCCGCCCUCGAAGAUGUGAUCGAAAACAUGAAGCGGGCGAUGGAGAAGCUCCGGACCGAGAACGACCGUCUUCGCCGUCUCAAGCCAGCAAAGCCAUCGGCCACCAAGACACCUGACGCGCUGGUGUCGACGCUGCAGACGCAGCUCGACCAAAAAAGCCACGAGAUUGCGCGGCUCAGUGCCGAGAGCGCCGAGCUGCAGCGCAAGUACCGGACGCUCCACGGCAAAUGGAAGACGCUCCGAGACGACGAGAGCGCGCUGCGAAACGCGCUGGACGAGAAGGACCGCCGUCUCGACGCGCUUGCGCGCCAACCCAGCAACGACGAGUUGGUGCGGUCGCUCGAGCAGCACAACGCGCAGCUCUUGGAAGAGAACGCCAAGCUCUCGGACGAGCUCUCGGCGUUCGACUUAGACUUUUUCGAAGAGAUUGAGGACCUCAAGUUCAAGUACAGCGACGCGAUCCGCAGCAAACAGCGUCUCGAGCGACAAGUGGCCGCGCUCCAGCACCAAUUGCGAUAGUCUCAUACGAGUAUUGUACGAUGACGGUCCGUCGUUUUGAUAUUAGCCUAUUGCUUUCUUUGCAGAGAGCGUCGUCAUUGGCGCAACGACUGGGCGGCCACUUCCGGUCCCCGUCUUCAUUCGCAACCACCGAAGUUGCAAGCCUAAUGCAUGAAGGAAGCUCCCUCUUCUUCC